GUCGACAAAAACACUAUUCCUCCGUAGACACAUCUCCACUCCAAUUUCUUCGCGGACAUGCUCUGCAGACCCAUUUUCUCUCGAGGGGUGACAACCCUCCGGAGCUCAACCGGCCUCCGCCUGUUCUCCUCCACCACGCAGCGGCUGGAACCCGACUUGUCCUACCAAGUCUUCAAGCCCGAGAAGGACGAAAUCACCCGGGACCCGAUCAUCUUUCUGCACGGUCUGUUUGGCUCGAAGCAGAACAACCGGAGCAUUAGUCGCGCAUUGGCCCGCGAUCUCAAAUGUGAAAUCUUCACGGUGGACCUCAGGAACCACGGCCACUCGUUCCAUGCCGAGGAGCACAACUACUCCGUCAUGGCGGAGGAUGUGGUCAAGUUCAUGCAGCAGCUGAAGCUGAAGAAAGCUGCCUUGAUUGGGCAUUCUAUGGGUGCCAAAGCCGCCAUGACCGUCGCCCUCGAAACCCCCAGUCUAGUGUCUGCCCUCGUCCCCGUGGACAACGCCCCGCUCAACGCGCCUUUGAAGAGUGACUUUGGCAAGUACGUCCGUGGCAUGCAGCAGGUCGAAGCCGCCAAAGUGACCAAGCAGUCGGAUGCGGAUAAGAUCCUGCAGGAGUAUGAGGAGUCCCUCCCCAUCCGCCAAUUCCUCCUCACAAACCUCAUCCGCUCCCCAGACGACCAGACGAUGAAAUUCCGCGUCCCGCUGUCCGUGCUCGGCGAGUCCCUUGCCGACAUGGCGGAUUUCCCUUACCGGGAGGCCGACGCGUCCGCGAAGACAUACGACGGCCCGACGCUGUUCGUCCGCGGCACGAAGAGCCGCUACGUGACGGACGAGGCCAUCCCCGUGAUCAAGGCGUUCUUCCCCCGCGCGCAGAUCGCUGACGUCGAGGCGGGCCAUUGGUUGAUUUCGGAGAAUCCGGAGCCGUUUAGGCUUGCUGUGGUUAAGUUUUUCAAGGAGUUGAGUUAGAUUAGAGGUUGAGGGUGUCUUGGGUUCAUGAGGUGUAUAUAGGUAGGUUUGCUGAGGUUGUUAGAGCUAGAGCUGGAUCUACAUGGCUUGUUUAGUAUAAACAAAUUCAAAA